AUGGAGGCUAUUGCAGAACACGAUUUUAAUGCAACUGAAGGGGAUGAACUAAACUUUAAGAGAGGGCAAGUACUUAAGAUACUCAAUAAAGAUGAAGACCCUCAUUGGUAUAAAGCAGAAAUUGGCGGUAUAGAAGGCCUUAUUCCCUCAAAUUAUAUUCGGAUGAUGGAACAUUCUUGGUAUUUGGGCAAUAUUUCGAGGAGUGAUUCUGAGACACUCCUUCUAAAGCCUGGCAAUCCUGACGGAGCCUUUCUCGUUCGCCGUUCAGAGUCUUCCCCUGGAGAAUUUUCAAUUUCUGUCAGAUAUGACAAUGCAGUUCAACAUUUUAAAGUUUUGCGUGACACCAAACUUGGCCAGUACUACUUGUGGGCAAAAAAGUUCAACAGUCUGAAUGAGCUGAUUAAUUACCACAGGUUAUUUUGA